CCACCUCCCACCUAUAAGUCUCAUUCUCCCUGGAUCGGCCUGCUGAGCCCCCAGUUGGGUGGUCGGCGGCACCUGGCGCCUUGAACAGGGACUUGAAGACAGGAUGGAGAAUCUCCCAUCUGGAUCCCAGAUCGACUCAUCAGGCACGUCGCGACGCCACAACCGAAACCGAAAGAAGAUGAAGCAGCUACGGAGGAAACUGCUGAAGUGCACACUGACGCCGCAGCCGAUGGCGGGAUCGCUCCCAACCAUGAGCCAGAUACAGCGGUUGAUCCAAGUGGCCACGCAGGCAGUGCAUGAGGAGGGGAAACCCCCUUCUAUGGCUAAUAUUUUCCUUGCUUGCAUGCUUUUAAAAUUGCAUGGAAAAUGAUUUUUAAAAGGAGUUUGAUGUUAUGCUGUUAGUAAAAAGACCUGCUUAUGUUAUGAUGCCUGUAGACCUUAAACAGGAAGCAUGGUUUGAGGAUACAGGACUCAUGGUUGUACAAAGACUAAAUGAAUUAUUGCGGCCAAAAAGAUUUGUGGCAGCACUUAUCCUAGGAAUUUCAGCCUUAAUAGCUAUCCUUACCUCUUUCGCCGUUUCGACAACAGCUUUAGUAAAAAACAUCCAGACAGCCCAUUUUGUGAAUGACAUGCAUAGGAACAUUUCCUUAAUACUUGCUGAACAGCAUAUUAUAGAUAAAAAGUUAGAAGCAAAACUCAACGCUCUUGAGGAAGUGGUUAUAGCCCUGGGGCAGGAUGUAGCUAACAUAAAAGCUACAAUGGCAACAAAGUGUCACGUCUCCUUUAAGUACAUUUGUGUCACCCCAGCUAAAUAUAAUGAUACAGAAAAUUGGAAUAAGACAAAAGCACAUUUACUAGGAAUCUGGAAAGAUAAUGAUUUAACUCAUGAUUUUCAGGAGGUGCAAGAUUAUAUCACUGCUACCAGCACUGCUCAUUUAAAUAAUUUUGGAUUCGAAUCCCUAGCUCAGCAGCUCUAUGAGAAUGUCUCUGCUCUCAAUCCUUUCACUUGGUGGCAUUAUGCAAUAGUGGCAGCUGUUGCAAUAAUAAUAAUCAUAGUGGUUUUCAUGGUGUUUCCUUGUCUUUUCAGAGCUCUCCUAUUGGCCAUCAAAACCACCCGGAGGGACCUAGAGGAAUUCCGUCUUAAAAACAAAAAACCGGGAACUGCCACACCUGUCUGGCCAGAUAGGCAGGCCACGACCGCGGUGUGACAAAACAGUGCGGGUGACCUGGUUAGGGAACCGGACAGGGGCCUUACAAGCUCCUGUACGGUAGACCGUACCCAAGAUAGGUGGUGGACAGAAGCCUGGAUAUUUGUGUGGACGGAUCCCUGGGUCUCCCGGUUGGCGGAAAGGCCUUGGAGGGCUAGGUGGACUUGGUUUCGCUUCUGAAAGCUUACUAUUGUUGUUUAUCAUGCUUUAUGCAGGCCACCCAGGGAAUGUCCAGGAGACUCCGGAGACGCUUACAGUGCAACCCCCCAAGUCUAGUCUGGACAUUCCAGAUGGGACCCCACUGGAUGAAAAGCCCCUUACAACAGUAAAUCCCAGCACUUCAAGCCCCAAUGACUUGGCUAUCCAGGUUGAGCAAGGACUGAGCACUAUUCUCAGAAAUAUUACAUUCAAUCAUACAGACAAUGGUCCUUUAGCUUUCCCAGGAAACAUGUUACAUAGCAACCCUGAAAUGCACCUGCAUAUUGUCUUAGGUAGUUUACAGGAAAGUGAGCUUGGCUUAAGGAUCAGAGCAAGGCGCCGUGUUCCCACUAGUGCCCCCCCCCUAUUCUGGGUAUUAAGGUCCAGUGCUUGGAAGGAGAAAGAAUAGCCCUUUGGAUAAAUGAGAGCAGUGAAAGCAUUUAGUUCUUACUGAUAAAUUGACUUUUGUCUGAAACCAAAGGGAUGUGGUUAAUAACCCAUGAAAGAACAGUAUGGCUGUGCUUUCGUUUUGUUGGUAGUUGUAUGCCUUCAGUUCCUCCUGUCUGUGUUACUUAUAAAAAAUGUACCCUGCGUACUUUGUGGUCAACUGACUUGGCCAGCUUUUGAUUUAUGCUUCUUUGUUAUGCUAUUAUAAAAAGAAUCUCUAUAUCAGUAAAAGAUCGCAGCAGCA